GAAGUGGAGGCGCCAAAAGUCGACGUCCUGAUGGCCGACGAUGACGUGGGCGGAUACGAGAUCGACGAUGAGCUUUGCUUACCAAGCCCUCGGGCGGAGGCUGUAGAGAGGCAUUCGGAACCCGAGGAGCGUUGGCGAUCCCAGAGGGCCACCGACUCGGACCUGAAGAGCAGCGAGGUGGUCGUCAACGACAGCGACGAAGAGAAGGGAGAGACCGGGCCAGCUUCGAGAAGGAUGUUGAGAGAAGACUAUUCCCCUGCGCCGUUGGACCAGGGCUGGUUGGUACCCAACCUCGGGUGUGGCCCUGAGAGGGGGAUGAGUGAUGAUUACCCGAACGGUUUCAACUCGGAGUAUCAUCCAAAGUCGGGGAUGUAUAUCGAAAAGUAUUCGGGACGACUCGUACAUCCGGUCGGAGGGCAAAACUCGUUUUUCUUCUUUGACUACGGCGACAAAUACGAUCGAGCGUCGUUGACUGAGCAAGCAUGGUUGAAUCUACCCAUGCCGCCUGGAUGCCCUGAGCUCAAGGGGAAGACGGUGGAGGAAAGGGCGAAUUCGCUCUCCCACUAUAACGCCGCGUACAACAUCCUGACCAACGACUAUGCUGGGUUGAACAUGGAACGGUGUAAACAAUGCGAGGAGGACAACGAUUGCUUCGCCUGCGUGUCUAAGUACAUCAAGGGAAGAGCGGGCGUUUGCGCCGGUUGUCGCGCCAAGAACAUUUACAAAUGUUCUGUGAAGGGUGCGCUGGAGGAGCCUGGGUGUUUCAUUCCCGGGGUCAGCGCUGAUCCGGAACCUGCCCGUCCGGAGAAGAUCGUUGGUCACUUGUGUUCUGCUGAGGGUCAAGAUAGAGCAGGAGAGUCGAGCGACGCAUCCUCGACGGAGGAGGAACGAUGUGUAGCGGCGGUGGGGUUGAUACGACGAUAG